AUGGUUGAGGGUAAUGCUGCUGCUGAGGAAAUGAGGGCUGUUGUUGAGAUGGGUAGAACUGCUGCUGGUUCUGAUACCCCAAUUGCUGUGGAGGUCGGGGGAGCUGAUUGCCUUGAUAAUCCAACUCACUUUCAGACAUUACUUGAAGAUGCUGAAAAACCUCUAUACAAAGAUUGUAGCAAUUUUACCAAGCUGUCCGCCACAAUAAAACUGUACAACUUGAAGGCAAAAUAUGGUUGGAGUGAUCGGAGUUUCAAGGAUUUACUGAAAUUGAUGAAGGAUAUGCUUCCUGAAGAAAAUCUAUUGUCUGAUUCUUUAUACGCAGCAAAGAAGACCUUAAGUACACUAGGGUUAGAUUAUAAGAAGAUUCAUGCUUGCCCCAAUGACUGCAUUAUGUAUCGGAAAGAGUUUAAGGAUGCAAAUGAUUGCCCUACAUGUGGGAUGUCAAGAUCGAAGACUAAUACAAAAACUAAGGGUGUUUCUAGAGUGCCGUCGAAGGUCUUGUGUUGCUGGCCAGUUAUGCUUGUCACGUACAAUUUACCACCUUGGUUAUGUAUGAAGAGAAAAUUCAUGAUGUUAACUCUUCUGAUUUCUGGUCCCAAACAACCCGGGAACAAUAUUGAUGUUUACUUGGCACCUUUGAUUGAUGACUUGAAAGAGUUAUGGGAGGUAGGCAUCCAAACAUACGAUGGCUAUCGUGAUCAAAGCUUCACACUUAAAUCUGUUCUUUUAUGGACGAUUAAUGAUUUCCCUGCCUAUGGAAAUUUGAGUGGCUAUUCAGUUAAAGGAUAUAAAGCGUGUCCCAUUUGUGUUGACAACACUCAUUCUUCAUGGCUGCCUAAGAGUAGAAAAAUAUGUUAUAGAGGACAUAGGCAAUGGCUGCCUCUUUCCCAUCCUUACAGAAAGCAGAAAAAAGCUUUUGAUGGCGAACAACUUUUGGACCUUGCCCCUAAAUCAUUAUCUGGAACUGAGGUGUUACACAGAAUGCAAGCAUGCAAUUGUGUGUUGGGAAAAACAAAAGAGUAUUGGGAGCAUUUACAUAUUCAUCACAUACUCGAUGUGAUGCAUAUCGAAAAAAAUGUGUUGGAAAGUCUUCUUGGUACAUUGCUUGACAUUCCGGGGAAGACAAAAGAUGGAUACACCGCAAGGCUGGGCUUGGUUGACAUGAAAAUGAGGCUUGAGUUAGCACCAUAUGCUGUUGGUAAAAAAACCUGUUUGCCUCCUGCAUGCUAUACACUAAGUAAAGAGGAGAAGAAAAAAGUUUGCACUUCAUUUAUUGGGAUGAAGGUUCCUGACGGUUAUUCUUCCAACAUUAGUAGACUUGUAUCCAUGAAGGACCUGAAACUUAUUGGAUUGAAAUCACAUGAUUGUCAUGUUUUGAUGCAACAACUUCUACCAAUAGCUAUUCGUGGUGUUUUGCCUAAGCAUGUGAGGAUUGCCAUUACUCGGAUGUGUAUGUUUUUCAAUGAGAUAUGCAACAAGGAGAUAGAGUGCAUCUGGUACGUGAAGUUAAGUUGUGUGGACCGGUAUGGUACAGAUGGAUGUACCCCUUUGAGAGGUACAUGA